UCGGUUCGGCUCCCGUACGACUUUCGCUAAAUUAAGGGGGGCGGCUUAACAGCGGCGCGAUGGCUGGAUAGGGCGAAAAAGUCUUAGUGUUGAACGGGGUUUUGGCAUGGAGAAGGGAGCAGCGAUCGCCGAGAAGAAGUUAGAAGUUUCUGACGUUGAGCUUCCAGAUGAGGAGUUGAAGAGGAUUUUCAUCGGCGGGGUAGGCGCCGGCGUUACGUCCAUCGACUUGGAGAAGACCUUCUCUCCACUUGGUAAGGUCCAUGCCGUCGAGUUCGUCCGCGCCAAUGGUCGCAACUUUGCUUUCAUGGAUUUCGAGCCCAGCUCUGUCAGAUCCCUCGCCAAGCUCUUCUCCACAUACAAUGGAUGCACAUGGAAAGGAGGCAAGCUUAAACUAGAAAUAGCAAAAGAGCACUAUCUUGCUCGUUUGAAGAGGGAGUGGGCAGAAGAUGCCAAACUUGCUUCUGCUCCACCUCCUACAGAAGAAAAUUUGGAAUUUGUAAGAUCACGUUCUUCAAGCCAAGAGAAUUCGCAGAUCCGAAUUUUCUUUCCAAAUCUAGGAAAGGUGAAGCCAUUGCCAUUUAAAGGGACUGGAAAGCACAAGUACAGUUUUCAACGAAUCGAAGUCCCUCCUCUCCCAAUUCAUUUCUGCGACUGUGAGGAACAUUCGAAGUCACUAGAAACAACUAGCCAGAAGUAUCUUUCUCCACUUAGUAUUGUGGUGAAUGAAAAAGAGCAAAAUAUGAUGACUAGUGUAAUCAACAAGCUCAUGGGAGGUGAGAAGGAUGAAAGACCUUCAGAUAGAAAGACUCAAGUUGCUUCAGAUCCCAAGAUAUUAAGUCUCUGUAAUGAGGACAUCCAUUCUAAUGAAACAAAAGUUUCAGACACAGAUGAUGACAACCUCGUGAUUAAUAUUUGUGUUGGAGCUGAAGAUGAUAUAUUGAUGCAAUUAAAAAAGGGGAUGACACAAGUAACGCCCCAGGAAUCUGGAUUUGGCAACCCAAAAUCUUCCAAAGGUAGAUUGGUCCAAAAUAAAGCAGAUUCUGGCAGAAGGAAGAAAUCUGAAGUCACCAAUGCAUCUUCUAUCAAGCCAAAUAAGAAGGCACGUCUAGUCUCAGCUGAUGGACUUUCUAAACCGGAACCUGCGCAAGCCACAGCCCAGAAAUUGACCUCCAUUUCCUCUGCAGCUGAACCUGUGCCAUCCUGUACCCUUAUAAGCUCAGAAGGCCAGUCAUGGCUGCAGAAAUCUUCAUGGAAAGACCUUGUUGGAGGAAGAGGAAGCAGCUCUUUCAGCAUCUCCAAUGUUCUAUCAGGCUUAACGUCAGCAUCUCCACAAAUGCCAAAGGCUAAUGCAUCAGAAACCUUUGCAUCGAAAAAACCCGAGUCUUUGGGUGAGAAAUCAAAACAAAAAGCACCACUGAAUGCGCGGAUUACUCCAAAGAUUCCUGCUGAAACUCCAAAUGCUCAAAGCCAAAACAGUACAAACACAAGCACUGCUCAGCCAGCAGAUGGCCAGCCAUGGCUGCAGAAAUCUUCAUGGAAAGAGCUUGUUGGAGGAAGAAGCAGCAGCAGCUCUUUCAGCAUCUCCAAUGCUCUAUCAGGGAAGGCCAACGCAUCCGAUACCUUCACAAACAAAAAAGAGAAAUCAAAACAAAAAACACCACAGAAUGCACAGAUUUCUCCAGGAAUAAAUCCAAAUGCACCUAUCAGCAGCUCUGGAGCCUUAGAAAAGGAGUGUAAAGAAUCUUCUUCUUCCGUUCAAGGCAAAACUAGUGAAGGCCAAACUAGUGGCGUUCAAGUCUGCCCCUUCAUGAGGAAUGCUGAGUCUGAGCAGCAGUGGUCAAUGGCCAAAGCAGCUCUGAGUGGCUACCUUAAGAGAAAUAGCAAUGAAGGAAGUGCUUCCAAGUUCUCCAAGGGCAAGACACCAAGCAGACGUUGAGAAUUUUACGAGGGAGCAGGAAUUUUUGUUAGUAGUCUCAACCUCUUAAUCUAUAUUUAUAAGCUGAGUUAUGCUUGUUCCUGUAAAGAUUAGGAUUCUCGAUUGACAUUCUUCUUCCAUUUACUGCUUGAUUUUUAUUCGGGUAAA